AUGGCCUACACUAAGAUUGACGUCGAUCAAGAAGAACAGUUCUUCCAAAACCAAGUUGCUGAAAUCAAGCGCUGGUGGGCACAACCCCGCUGGAAGAAAACCAAGCGGAUCUAUACUGCCGAGGAGAUUGCUGCUAAGAGAGGAACUCUCAAAAUCGACUACCCUUCGUCGAAUCAAGCGAAGAAGUUGUACGCGACUCUCGAAGAGCGUGACCGCACCAAGACCGUGUCCUUCACUUUCGGUGCUUUGGACCCUAUCCAUGUUUCGCAAAUGGCCAAGUACGUGGACACAAUUUACGUUUCUGGUUGGCAAUGUUCAUCGACUGCGUCCACUUCGAACGAGCCUUCGCCUGACUUGGCCGACUACCCAUACGACACUGUGCCCAACAAGACCGAGCACUUGUGGUUUGCGCAACUUUUCCACGACAGAAAGCAGAGAUCGGAGCGUUUGUCCAUGACCAAGGAGCAAAGAGCAAAGACGCCGUACAUUGACUUUCUCCGUCCCAUCAUUGCUGAUGCUGAUACAGGUCACGGUGGAUUGACUGCCAUCAUCAAGUUGACCAAGUUGUUUAUUGAGCGUGGUGCUGCUGGUAUCCACAUUGAGGACCAGGCUCCAGGUACCAAGAAGUGUGGCCACAUGGGUGGUAAGGUGUUGGUCCCUGUUCAGGAGCACAUUAACCGUCUUGUGGCGAUCCGUGCGAGCGCAGACAUGUGUGGGCUGGACCUCUUGGCUGUGGCACGUACAGACUCGGAAGCUGCCACGUUGAUCACCUCGACCAUUGACCACAGAGACCACUACUUUAUUGCUGGCUCCACCAACCCAGACACCCCAGACUUGGCCACUUUGAUGGCCGAGGCAGAGGCCAAGGGCAUCUAUGGCGAGCGUUUGGCUGCUAUCGAGGCAGACUGGACGAAAAAUGCCAACAUCAAGUUGUUCUCUGAGGCUGUGAUUGAUGCCAUCAAGGAGUCUUCUUUGCCAGACAAGCAGAAGGCCAUUUCCGAGUUCACUCGCCAAGUGAACCCAUUGUCAGAGACCUCGCACAAGGAGGCCAGAAGAAUUGCCCGCUCCAUUUUGGGCAAGGACAUUUACUUCAACUGGGACGUUUCCCGUACUAAAGAAGGAUACUACCGUUACAUUGGUGGAACCCAGUGUGCUGUGAUGCGUGGAAGAGCUUACGCUCCUUACGCUGACUUGAUUUGGAUGGAGUCUGCUUUGCCAGACUACGACCAAGCCAAGGAGUUUGCUGCAGGUAUCAAGAGCAAGUACCCUGACCAAUGGCUUGCCUACAACUUGUCUCCAUCUUUCAACUGGAACUCGGCUAUGAGCGCCGCAGACCAGGAGACUUACAUCCAGCGUCUCGGUAAGUUGGGCUACGUCUGGCAAUUCAUCACCUUGGCGGGCUUGCAUACCACCGCUUUGGCCGUGGACACUUUUGCCAAGAACUACGCUGAGAUCGGUAUGAAGGCCUAUGGCCAACAGGUUCAAAAGCCUGAAAUCGAGAGCGGUGUUGAAGUAGUCAAGCACCAAAAGUGGUCUGGUGCUGAGUACAUUGACCUGUUGUUACGUAUGGUGUCUGGUGGUGUCACUUCGACUGCUGCUAUGGGUGCUGGUGUGACUGAGGAGCAGUUCAAGGAAAAGGGCAAGUUGUAA